AUGGCAGGAGAGAGGAGGCCAGCUAGCACCAGCACCCCGAGCAGUGGAACCUCUGGACGGAGCCAGAGAAGCGGCUGGACACGGUCUUCUCUCAGGUCUAGUUUGGAGGAGGCCCUGAUACAGGAGUACAGCAACCGCUUCAGUGCCAGCUCCCGCUCACCCUCUUACUCUCAUCUGCCCAGCAGCCCGCUUGUGCUCCUGGAGCUUCCCCAAGACAGAAAGCAGCAACUAUGCCUCUUCCCAGCUCUGACAGCCGCGUACCAUAGAGAGGAAGGAAGGGGUGAGGAGCGACUGACCGACAGCAGUCUGGCUGGGAGCCAUUACAGAGGUUGCACCCCUGCCAGACGCUAUUAUUUGCAGGGUGAAUUCACGACCGAUGGGAGGCCCGCCAAGGGCCCCAAGAACAAGGACUCCAAGAAGAGACAAUCAGCUUGUGUGACCCCUGACCCCAGCUCACGUUCCUCCAUAUCAACAAGGAGGGAAGGAGGAAGGAGACCUCAAAGUGCACCUGCCCCUCAUAUCAGAAGCUUGCAGCAGUCCUCCCAAAUGGUGCCAGUCUUCAAGCGUAACAUGGCGAUUAUCAGAGUGAUUGCCCACAAGAACGGGUCAAGACAGACCUUUGCCAGAAUCACUGCCUCCAACAUAACAAUGUUGCUGGAGGAGUGCACCUCCAAACUCAAGCUCAUAUCAGCUGCUCGUCGGAUUUUCCUGGAAGAUGGCAAAGAAGUUUCCAAAGCAGAGGACAUCCCCAAAGAUGGGGAUGUGUACAUAUCCAGCGGGGAAGCCUUUGUGGAUCCACACAAGCAGGUAAAAGCCCAUCUGUCACUGAGCAAAGAAGCGAACUGGACGGUGGGCGGCGUCACACUCCCCGCCAACCAUGGGCGGGGCCGCCAAUGGGUCACCCUUUCCCAAAGACUCAGAGGCCUCAGCCAGGCCACACCCACCCUUCGAGUCCUGGCAUUCAGGAAUGGAACCGGGAGUGAGGGCUGUGAAGUUGCCGCCACCGUAGGACACAUGGAACAGUUUCUAGACCUGUGCACACAGAAGCUACAGCUCACCUCACGGGCCAAGCUGCUGUAUGACUGGGAUGGCAAUCGUGUGGAGGACAUCAGUCUUGUUUUCCCCUUGGACAGCUGCCUGCAGAGCUCCAUCACAUCCCUGCGGGGGCCGGUCUGGGUGUCCCGGGGUGAGUGGUUCAGUCCAGCAGGAGCAAAGUUCUACAUCCAGGGAGUCCUGUGGGCCUUGCGUGGGAGGCUGCAGUCUAUUGGAGAAUACCUGAGGCAGCUGGAUCUGGCUGUGGAUAACAGCCCUGAGAAAGUCACCAAGAAAGAGAUCCUCUCAUUGACUGUGGGACAGUUGCAUGAACGCAAAGAAAAGCUGCAGAGGCAGGUUGGGGAGCUGCGGGCCACCAUCAGGAAGUACCGGGGUCAGCUCUCUGUGCUGGCCCCACAGAUUAGGGCAGAGGAGGACCGUCCUGGCGGAUACGUGUCUCAGCAUGUCCAGCCCCUAUCCCGUGGACCGCCACUGCCACAGGGACUGCAGCUGAAGGUGUUUGUGAAUGGCCAGGACACAGGAGAAACACUGGUGUUCAUCAGGAGGGGAGAGCUGGACAAAGGCUGUGAGGAAGACAUGCAACUCCAGAUGGAGAGGCUUCUACAGGCGAUUCAUCAAAGGCUCCAGUCCCGUCCGGGUCACAGCCCCUCGGGCCCCCGCAUCGUCCCCUCAUGUCUGUUUGAUGAGAGAGGCGAGGUGAUCUCCAGCCCGGCUGCCCUCUGCAAUGAGCAGAGUGUUUGGGUGUCGUACGGAGAAGGGUACCGACCCCCCCAUGAAGCUGUGCUCAGCCUGGCGUUUGAAAGGGUCAUAGCGGCAGGGGAUGGAGAUUACAGGGCCCUCUUCCGAGCACCCCUGGAUCCAGACGCAGAUUUACCAGCCGGAUUCAGAAAAUGGGAAGCUUGCGAAGGAUUCCCGUUAAACUGUGUCUCCAGCUCACCCGGGAACACCAGUCUGCCAAGCACUGUGGACCCUGAUGCCCAUUUCAUCCAGUUCAAGACUGAUCCUCAGGUGGUUCUGUUCCCCUCGGCCACUGUGGUGAACCGGAGCAGAACCACCAGGCCCAAACCAGGAGGCGAAAAAGUUCAGGGAGUGGGUGGUUCACUAGGGUGGCCUCUGUCACAUGUGUGGAUCUUCACUAAGUUGGGGUUGAUCCUGAGCCGGGCCCUACCGCAGCUCUGCCUGGCGGUCUCCCCACAGCCUUUCACACUCAGGGACAGCAUCCCCAAUGGCAAUCCUGUGGAGGGCCACAUGCUGAAUGUACAGAAAAGGGUCACAUGUUGUCCAUACCAGGAGUGGGGUUUUGGAAAAGAUGGCUGUAUCUUCCCAAAGGCCCACCCCGAGUUCGUUCUGACCUACCUGGAGGAUCUGCCGGAGAGCAAGCAGGAGACCCAAACCCACCAUGCGGCACAGGCAGUGGGAAAGCAAGAUGGCAGUGUGGCCCCAAAGGUUUCUGGAUACAGUGUCAGUGACACCAAUCAAAAUCCAACAGCAGGACCCAUACAUACCCUCAUGGGGCUGGCAGGGGCCCGCGGGGACACAGCACAGCUGACAGUGGCACUUCUGAGGAGACGCAAAGAUAAACUCCCCCAGGCUUCAGCUCAAAGAUGGGCAAUCAGACAUGAGGGGAUCAGCAGAAUGGGACAGUGGAAGCACUCCAAGGUGGAGAACCCACUGUGGAACAAGCUCACCUACAUGUGGCCCACGUUACCUGAUGGGAAGCUCAACCAGGACCUGACCUGGCCUCUGGAGGGUGCUCUGGUUCCCUGUGCCCCCCCGCUUACAGACAGGUCCAGCAGGAGGCCCCAAGAUCAUGUGCCAGUGCGACUGAGGGUGGUGCGGAACGGGCAACAGGGUGGGCAUCCUCAGGCUGUAACUGUCACUUCACCUGACAUCACCAACAUGCUCAAAUCACGGUGCACUGAGUCACUGGAGCUGCCUCUUGCUGCUCGGAGGCUGUUUGAUGAAGAUGGAAAGGAAAUAUUUCUUCUCAAAGACCUGCAGAGGGACCAGUUGGUGUAUGUGUCAUGUGGAGAGCAGUGGGUGAACCCCCGGGUCUGCCAGGCCAACAAGGAGAGGCGACUCCUUUUGAACAGCUUGGAGUGGGAUGUGUCUCUGGUCCGACACUACUGCGCUAUGCGAGGCCACCAAGAUCUGGUUCUGGAGGUGGUGGGAGAGCUGAAGGAGGGGGCCCGGCUCACAGUGGCAGAAUUCUGUAUGGCAUUGGAGGAACAGAGUAAGGAGGAGUGUCUAGAUCCAACUAACCAGGAGGACACGGGCGAUAGGAAUGACCUCCUCAAUGUCAUAAUAGAAGAUUCCCACUCUAAAGCACACCGCAAACUGGAUGAGAAGCAUUCGCCUUUCAGAUACCCAUGGCAAGAGGACUUAGGGUAUCCUGAAGAUUAUGGCAUUCAGAAUGACAACAGAGAAGGCUUUACCAGCAUGGACCUGAGCAACAAGCAUAGGCGAGAGGGGGCCUCACAGGCUGACCGACAGCAGUUUGAGUAUAGGGAGGGGCAGAUUGUGAACUGCAGGUGUCCCUGGCUGGUUCUGGGGGUGAGGGCGACAGAGGGAGCACAAGCUGGGAUGGCCCUGCAGUUGCUGCAGCAAAAUCCAGACGACACCAACCAGCGUUGGGUGCUGAAAGAAAAGGAAUGGACUUUUCAUCUACUGGCUAACCCAGGCCUGGUGCUAGCCGUCUCCAUGCCAAAGAUUGCACCUGGACAAACAGGCAGACUGGUUCCUGUCCCUGGCUGCCCUGUCAUUCUGCAGAAGUACAGGCCAUACAGCUAUGGAGCAGCCAAUCAGAAGUGGGGCUGGCUGCUGCAAGCCAGGGUGCUGAGCGCCUUCUACACCACAGAGUUGGACCAGGGAGUGACAGCUGCCAUCCAUGCCUCACUCUGUACCACCUGUGUGUCCCCUGAGCCCUUGCACCAGCAGGAGCUUCCAAAUGACUCCACCUUCCGCUGCUCCACGGCUCGCAAGGACAGCACACUGAGCCCCAAUGGACCCUUCAAGAGCCUCACUGUCCUGCAGACAGAUCUCAGUGCAUCUGCAGCAGAGAGUACGCUGUGCAGUCUGGAGGAGCGUCUGGACUCUUUGAGGAGGGAGACGCAGCCCCGUGAGACCACCACAGCCCGCGCUCAGCCAGCUGUGAAGAUUCUGGCCCGCAGGAACGGGAGGGGACUGGAGGAGGGCCAGCUGAUCACCGCAGUGAAGAUGCCCCUGCUGCUGUCUCAGUGCACCACCAAGCUGCAGCUGCCCCGGGCAGCCUGUCGACUCUACACCUCAGACGGCAUGCAGAUCCUCACCAUGCAGCAACUGAAGGCCUGGGCCAUCAACAAGUGCCUCCAGGAGCACUGCACAAAUGCAGACACAGAUGUAGAUACAGACAAAGACAUAGAUGCAGAUACAGACAAAGUUGCCCAGCCCACUGCCCACUCGAGCACAGACACAGGAGGCCAGCCAGGCUCUGGGGUGGCAAGAACAGUGUGCCCCGAGAGUGAGCUCCUGCCCCAGGUGACCACAGAGGACCUGGAUGCCAUGGACAAGACCCUAGUGGCUCUCAUCCUAAGGACCCCCAUCGAUGUUUGGGUAUCCUGUGGGGAGCCCUUUCUCCCAGUCGAUGUUGUCCACAGAAAACAGAGGCAACAGUGGAAGAACUGGCAGCAGAAGGAGAAACUGCUAGCAGACCUGGCGAUAAAGAGACACAGAAUGAGGCAUAUGCAAGGCCGAAGGAUCUCUGGGCAGAGCCCAGCCAGGAUGGUCCCCACCAAGAGCCCAGCUAAGCCUGUAGUGGUGGAGGGGGGCUGGACGGUGGUCAGCCAGGAGGAGGUGAAGCUGAUGGAGGACCUGCAGAACAUGGAGGUGCACCUUGCUGAAGUGGAGGCCAUGCAGGCAAAGAAUUACAAACCCAUCCGGAAGAAGCUCUCCAAGAGUCUGACCAAUUUAUACAACCAGCCUGAUGUCAAAAGAGUGCUGAUGUACUGCAAUGGAGACCAGAAGCAAGCGGUGUAUGUCUGGGGACAAAACAUUGAAGAGCUCUUGAGUAACAGCACCUCCAGACUGAGGCUGGCCCAGCCCGCUUCUCAGCUGUACACAACGGACGGGGAGCCUCUCCUCGCCUGGGCUGACAUCGAGAGGGACAUGCUGAUCUGCGUGUCUACAGGAGAGCCCUUCCUGACUGCUAAAGAUUGCAAGGAGAGGGUUGAGAUGAGAGCCAGUUACGUACGAAUGAAGAAGGCCCACGGUCCAGAUGGCAUCAGGCAGGAGAUGGAGCCGAAGGAGGGUCCCCUGGUGAAAGCCCCCAGCAGAUGUCUUGCCCUUCCCUGGACCACAGAGGCAGAAAAUCAGAAACCAAUACCUGGGAAACAGUAAAAAGGCCAGCAUCCCUGUAAGAAGCGGAUUCAUUUUUUUGUUGGAUUUGUUUGGAGAAGGUGUUUUUGCCACAAA